UUUCAAAAGUUCAAAAUACUGUGCAGAGUUCACUGUGUCUUGAAUGUUAGAAUUUUGGGCGGGAUUAUUAUAAUACAUUAGCUAAAAUAUAUUACGUUAAAAAUGAAAUUCUAAGGUUUUACUCCAAUACAAAUCAUUUUAUUUUUAAAUGGAUUCACUAGACUCUCUCCAGGACUUUAUAAAGUCACAAAAUAAUUUUACGAAUUAUAUUAAUAAAUCUAAUGUGCCAGAUGUUUGUAAAUCAGAACCUUGUAUGCUUGGUGUUGACGAAGCUGGACGUGGGCCUGUUUUGGGUCCAAUGGUAUAUGGAAUUGCAUAUUGUCCGAUAAAUCAAAAGAAAGUAUUAGAAUCGCUCGGCUGUGCGGACUCAAAAGCUCUUACAGAAGAAAAGAGAGACGAGAUUUUUCUUAAAAUGUUAACCGAGAAAGAAGCUGUUGAUAAUGUUGGCUGGAUGGCUGAAGUUAUAUCACCAAAUUACAUUUCUAACUCUAUGUAUAAAAGAGCCAAACACUCUCUCAACGAGGUAUCGAUGAAUUCCGCGAUAUCAUUGAUAAAAAAAUCUAUUGAAUUAGGUGGGAAUAUAACAGAGGUGUAUGUGGAUACCGUCGGCCCUCCCGAGAAAUAUCAGGCCAGGUUAAAAGAAAUCUUCCCUGAUAUUAAGAUUACUGUGGCAAAGAAAGCUGAUUCGAUUUACCCAAUAGUGUCGGCGGCCAGUAUAGUGGCUAAGGUCACGAGAGACCACGCCCUCAAGGUUUGGGAAUUUCCCGAAGGUCUUGAGAUCAAUCACAAGGACUUUGGGAGUGGUUACCCAGGAGAUCCAUUGACUAAGAAGUUUAUAAGGGAACAGAUUGACAGAAUAUUCGGCUACCCCCUGUUGGUAAGGUUUAGUUGGUCCACGGCCGAGCUGGCUCUCCAGGAGAGAGCAGCGAAGUGCAGCUUCGAGGACAUAGACGAUGAGAAUACGAAGAAACCGAAAGGAACCCAGGCCAUCAGCUCGUUCUUUUCACCAAAGAACGAGCGGAAACGGAGGAGGCAUAAAUUUUUCGAAGAAAGAAAUUUGACAAUGAGCAAUGCUUUCGAAUAAAAAUACGAAUAUUA